CCUGACAUCACGUGAUUCUAGGCGGCACAUUCUGAUGACGUGCUUUUUGUUUGGGAUAACCGUCCUCGACCAGCUACAUUUCCAUUUCUCUUUUGUCACUCGGUGUUGUUUCUCUUUUCCACAAUGAACAAGAACAGCAAGGCCAGCGGCGUGUCUUGGGUCAAACCGGCGGAACCGUCCUUUCUCAAGAAAUUCAAAUCUGACGUGGGAUUCAAGGAGGGGCCGACUGUGGACACCAAGCGCCAAGUGAUGCCAGCACUCGAUGAUGACAGCGGCAGUGACCGUGAGGAUGAAUUGCCUCAAGUUGUGGUCCUGAAGAAAGGAGACUUGAACGCAGAGGAAGUGAAGAAGAUUAAAGAUGAACAGCGUGGUGCUGCGAUAGACAAAGAGGAUGAACCGCCAGCCGAUGGUAAAAUCCUUUUCAAGAAGCCGGCCAAGCGCUCUUCCUCAGACAAAUUCCAGGGCAUCACUGCCAGCUCUAGCAAAAAGAAGAAGAGUGAGGGAGGAGAGGAAGAAAAGAAGAAAGAGGAGAAGGAGGAGAAGCCUGGAAAGAAAGUGAAAAAUAACAGCCUUCUGUCAUUUGGUGGCGACGAGGAGGAAGAGGAUGAAUAAUAUUGACGGUAAACCAUUGAAUCCAGACCGAGGUGAACUUUUGUCGACACUGGAAGUGAAGUUCUUCUGUUGGUGGCUUCCACUCUGAGAGGGGAGACAGCAGCAUCUCUCCCAACUAGAUUAACAGGUCUUUACAUUUACUCUGACUUCUGAAUUCAGAGUAACUGCUGUCUUUAUUGUAGCACAGUGUUCCUGCCUGGGAGUGUGUGUGUGUGUGUGUGUGUGUGUUGUAUGGCUAAGGCAAUAUUCUGUUUUGAUAGUGCUGAAUUCUGGAUGACGGGGCUCAGUGCCUCUCAUAGAUGUUAAGAUCCUCACUUCCAUCUGUUUGUGUCUGAAUCAGUGUCUCAUACUAAUGUCACUUCCUCUGAGGUGUCAGUCGAAAUGUAAUAAUGUUUUCAGCUCGUCUGGUAUUCAUAAGUCAGUUUUUAUACAUUGAUACAUUCAACGGUUUAUUGAAUGUAUGAAUAUAUUCUAGCUUCGACAAUGGAGCCUUCACAGUGUUUAUAUAAAAGUGAUGCAUUCUUGUCAAUGCAAUUUUAAGAUUUUUUUUUUUUCAUGUAAUGUGCUUUUUUGUCUUUUUAUUUUUUGGUUGUAACAUUUGAAAUGUGAGGCACUGAACCAAUUUGACAACAGCCUCUAUUAAAACCUUAUUAUAUUACUGUAAUAGUGCAUGUCAUGAUUUGGGGAAUUUGUGCUACAAUGCCAAAUAAAUAAUAUAUAACUGUCUAAAUAACAAACUGCACAUACACUGAA